GCGCCUCCUCACACAGCUGACUGACUGGAGGAACACAGGUAUAGUCUGUAUAGUCUAUAGUCCGGAUGGGCUCUCUCCCUCCCGGCUGCGGACUUGUUGAUCUUCGGGGGUGAAUCGCUGCUGUGAUCUGGUACCAAGGAGCAGCGGACCGGCGGCUCGGCAGCAGCAGGAGGAUCAUCAUCAUCACGCAGAGAGCCAUGUCGGAGGCUGAGGAGGAGACAUGGAUUGGGUUAGACCCUGGACAUAGGAAACCAAUAAGGGAGCCUCCUUUUCUUUUUCUUUUUCUUUUUUUUUUAUAAAUGCUUCAUCUCCGUUUGUGCCAGCAGGAUUGAUUGUUCACAGAUCAGAUACAAUAAUGGAAGAAAACAGGACCAACUGUAGUCCAUAGCCCUGGAUGUUUGCCUGAUUCCUCAACCUAAAGUCAUCAUGGAGAAAUCCUUGGCAGAGUUAAAUAAAGCUGGCUCUCGCUCAACAACGUCGCUGCCACCUGAACCGGUGGAUAUCAUUCGCAGCAAGUCAUGUUUCCGCAGAGUCAGGCUGAAUGUUGGGGGUCUCCCACAUGAGGUCUUGUGGCGAACAUUAGAUAGGCUACCACGAACACGUUUGGGAAAGUUAAGAGACUGCAACACCCACGAAUCUCUGAUGGAAGUGUGCGACGACUACAACCUCGAGGAGAAUGAGUACUUUUUUGACCGACAUCCGGGGGCGUUCACGUCAAUUCUGAACUUCUACCGCACGGGAAAGCUGCACAUGAUGGAGGAAAUGUGCGCCCUGUCGUUCAGUCAAGAACUCGACUACUGGGGCAUCGACGAGAUCUACCUGGAGUCGUGUUGCCAGGCGAGGUACCACCAGAAAAAGGAGCAAAUGAAUGAGGAGCUCAAACGAGAGGCCGACAAUAUGAAAGACAUCGACGGGGAAGAGUUUGACAACACUUGCUGUGCCGAAAAACGAAAGAAACUUUGGGACCUCCUGGAAAAGCCCAGCUCAUCUGUUGCAGCAAAGAUCCUGGCCAUCAUCUCCAUCCUCUUCAUUGUGCUAUCCACCAUUGCCUUGUCUCUGAACACCCUUCCAGAGCUGCAGGACACAGAUGAGUUUGGCCAGUCUUCAGACAACCCACAACUGGCCCACGUGGAAGCUGUAUGUAUCGCCUGGUUCACCAUGGAGUACCUGCUUCGCUUCCUCUCCUCCCCCAACAAGUGGAAGUUCUUUAAGGGUCCUCUGAACGUCAUCGACCUGCUGGCCAUCUUGCCCUACUACGUCACCAUCUUCCUGACAGAAUCCAACAAGAGCGUGCUGCAAUUUCAGAACGUCCGCCGCGUGGUUCAGAUUUUUCGAAUCAUGCGUAUCCUGCGUAUUCUGAAGCUGGCUCGUCACUCCACAGGUCUCCAGUCUCUGGGUUUCACUCUUAGGAGGAGUUACAAUGAGCUGGGCCUGCUUAUUCUUUUCCUGGCCAUGGGCAUCAUGAUCUUCUCCAGUCUGGUGUUCUUUGCUGAGAAGGAUGAGGAGGAUACAAAGUUUAAAAGCAUCCCAGCUUCUUUCUGGUGGGCUACUAUUACUAUGACCACAGUAGGUUACGGAGAUAUCUACCCAAAGACUCUACUGGGAAAGAUAGUGGGGGGGUUAUGCUGCAUAGCUGGAGUACUGGUGAUUGCCCUACCUAUUCCCAUUAUUGUAAAUAACUUCUCUGAAUUCUACAAAGAGCAGAAGAGGCAGGAAAAAGCAACUAAACGAAGAGAGGCCCUAGAUAGGGCAAAGAGAAAUGGUAGCAUUGUCUCAAUGAACUUGAAAGAGGCAUUUGCUCGUAGUGCAGAACUUAUGGAUGUGGUGGUAGAGAAGAGUGAGAGACCUAAUGACAACCAUCUCUCUCCAAGCCAUUGGAAAUGGACCCCCAAGAGAGCUGCAUCAGAAACAAGCUCAAACCGUUCCUUCAACGCCCAGGAGUUAGGCUCUCCCAGCAAGGCCACCAGUCCCCAGAGGCUAAAUGUUCAGAAGCUCGAGGAGAUGUACAACCAGAUGGCCAAGACACAAUCCCAGCCAAACCUCAAUGCUAAAGACAGGGGCUCCAGAGCUGGCAAACAGAGGGAUGAGAUAGAGCUUGGGGCCAUCCAAGAUCACGGGCCAUCGGCGAUAGGAACCAGAGAAGGAGUUGGGGACAUGAAAAGCUUGUCGAGCAUUGACAGCUACAUCAGUUGUGCUACAGACUUCCAGGAGAAUCCACGCUACCCCCAUAGUCCAGCAAUGGACCUUGGUCUUCAGGAAAGCAAUCGGUUCUCUCACAGUCCGGCUACAGCUUUCUCCCAGCACGGCAGUGCAAAAGCAGGCAAGCAAAUCACUGGGGAGCGUGAGCCUAUGCUGACUCCCAUGUCUAUCACAAAGCCCUCAUGCUCAGAGAAUGCACGGAGAUUCUUCUUUUCUGGCAACUCCUCAAAAGGCCUUAUCCCCAAAGGAGGCUGUCGCAGCGAGGGGGGUUCAGGCCUGUCCCCGCUCUCAGAUAGCUCAGUAAUGUCAGACCACUCUCUGUUAAGCCCUGAAGUUUCUGUCUACACCACUGCCAGCAGCAGAACCCCACCCAAGUCCCCAGAGAGCACCACCCUGGCCGCAACUGUCUUCACCUUCCACGACUCCUCAAUCAGCAAAUACAUAGACGCCGAUACGGACGAUGAUGAGCACCUCCGCGACAUCUCUGAUGCCAGUCCUUCAGAGCGUCUUUUGGCUGGUUCAAGCCCAAAACGCAGCAUCAACAUCAAUUACCAGAAAGGCGCCAACCAUUUAGAAGCCGCCCAAAAAAUGCUGGGCCAGAACUGUCUAUUCCCCAUUGAAGGGAUUCGUGGGAUAGCUCACGAGAAUCACGUAGGACCUGAGAUGACACGUAGACCAAAGGUUGAGAGGGGGCGUCAAAACACUUUGGAUAAAAGCCUCUGAGGUAGAAGUACAGCAGAUAUAAACAGGAAGCUGGAGCCAGAGUGUUUGUGAUGGAGACACCGGACAGACUAAAAACACUCUAUCAGCCAGAGACAACGAAAGUGGGAGAGACGAAGGGUCUCACUGGAACAUUUCACAAAUUACCUGAGCACGCCAUUGGGCACUGAGCUCAGGGUCAACAUGUGUAGUGAAUACUCUGGGAGAAAAACACUUCUAAAUUGGAGAAUGUCACUGCCCCUCCUUCAACUCAUUCCUAUUAGUGGUAUUACACAAAACAAAGAGCACUCCCAGGUAGCCAAAGGGUCUGUUCAGAGAUCCACGUGGAAGCAGAGUCCACAGAGAAAUUGAGAUGUGGCUAUAACUCGUGUAACCAAACUGAAUGGUGGUUUUAGCGGCAGGGGGAUAUCUCAAAACUCUCCAGGAAAAAAAAAUCCCAGCUGCCCACUAUCCCGUUACUGAGUCCCACUUCAUUUUGUAGUCUUGGAGAUACAGGAGAGGACCUAGAAGCCUAUAAGCUACUUACUCGUGCCCUCCAUUCCCAAAACAGGCCUUAGUCAUUUACAUUUGUAGGGGUGUGCAUGUCUGCAUAUACCGUGCGUGCAUGUGUGUGAGUGAGCGUGAAUGUUGAUGGGUGAUCUAAUGGUAAUUCAUGUAUACACACUCUUGAGAUUGUCUUACCUGAUUUAUUUUUAUAUAGAUAAGAGAGAGUUCCUUAUAGAAAUAUGUGAUUUGCUAGUCUGCUGUGUCAUAUGUGAAGAGUAAUCCUGUGUAAGGUUCAAUGUCUUGGCACAGAGGCUGCAGUUAUCGGAGGCUCCAGCCCAUCAUCCAUCAUAAUGAGUGCUCUUUCUUAAACAGUAUUUUGCUAUCCCCUAUGUUAUCAUGUCAUGGUGAGAAUGGAUUUCAAAUCUUGACCAGUGAAUAUUGUCUUAGCACCUCAGUAUCCUUUUCAAGGGAUGGUAGUGGUAGUGGACCAAGAUUUUUUGAUAUGGGCUAACAUAAGAGCCAGAAAUAAUAAGCUUGAUUGCUGCAUAAAGCGCACAUUUAUGAAGCAUGCAUGCACCCAACCGGUCAACAUACAAAAACAUGAGACGCUUUUAAAAAGGAAAUAUAUGAAAAUCCUCUAAUAUAGUUUUUAUGUUUACAGCAUUAUGAUUACUGUCAUAAAGUUUAGAUUUCAGUAACAGAUGUUCAGCAUGCAUUGGCCUUCCUUUGACCAACACGCAAGAGAUCACACUCUCAGAUAAUGGACUAUGUGUGUAUUUAAAGCAGGGUUUCCAUCUCUACUUUGCUCCUUUAAUUGUCAAAAUAAACUUUAAUGGCAUUAAAUAUACACCGCCAGGUUAACGCUACCAACCCAUGCAUGAGCACACACACCCACUAAAGAUACAUACAGUUAUGAAAGACAAUUUUCAGGAUACAUAGAUACACUUAGUUUCCAUGGUGACGACAAAGGCUGGCAGCAGCUCAGCAACGCUUUGUUAAUUGGGGCAGGAAGCUCUGAUUGCAUGUAACGUAUGUUCAACGCAUAUACAAGAACACACACACACACAGGCAUGUUCCCAUAAAGUGAUAGGUAUGCACAGUAGUCACAUGUUAGCAGAGCCACUCCUCACUGUGCAUAUUUAUGAGUAAAAGCAACAUUAUGAUGUAAGGACCUUGUACGUUGUUAUGUUUAUGUCUAAAAUCUCUGCAGCAUUUCAUAAAUAUUACAACUCCCCAGAAUGCAUUCUCUACUAUCUGUUUAUAUUCCCAUACCGCAGAGAGUAUAGCAAGUGUCACUUAUCACUGUUUAUGAAACAUAUUACAUGAAUGACCAUACACAGAAUAUAGAGGGACAAAAGUGCUGUAUUUUAACCAUAAUCCCAACCGUAAAAAUGUGAAUUAAAUUAGGGCUGGGCGAUGUGGCCAAAAUCUUCUAUCAUGAUAUAGGUCUUUUCAUAUCGCUUUAACGAUAUGUAUCACGAUAUAGCAUGUUUUCUGGUAAUUAAAUAAAUAAAUAGUCUAUAUGAAAUAGCCACAUGGUAAAGCCUAUUUUGUAUACUUCUCUGUGAAUUAAAUACUGAUCAAAUGAA